UAACACAACCUCACAUUCUUCUCUUCUUCCUCCUCCUGAUUUUCUUCUCUCUGUUCAUGAUCAUCAGGUUCUGGGUUGUUCACCAGCCAAUGAAGAAGUAACUUCUGUUACUGCUAUAUACUAUUAAGGAGGAAUAAUCCCAAUAGUUAUAAGGCUGCUGUGUGAUUUUUUGUGUCGCUGGUUUUGAGAAAAUGCAGCUUUACAUAUCACCAAGUUUGAGGCAUGUGACUGUGCUUCCUGGAAAAGGGUUCAAAGAAUUCAUGAAAGUGAAGAUUGCUUCAAGGAGGGUGUCUUAUAGAAUGCUCUUUUAUUCACUCUUGCUCUUCACUUUCCUUCUUCGCUUUGUCUUUGUACUGACUGCUGUGGACACCAUUGAUGGACAUUUCAAGUGCUCUACCAUAGGUUGCCUGGGAAAAAAACUAGGACCAAGGAUUCUGGGAAGAAAGCUUGAAUCAAAUGUCCCAGAAGUGAUAUACGAAAUAUUAGAUGAACCCGUUGACCAGGAUGAAGUAGAAGGAAGAUCUGAUAUUCCACAGACUUUGGAAGACUUCAUGACUGAAAUGAAGGAAGGUGGAUAUGAUGCCAAAACAUUUGCUACCAAACUCAGAGAAAUGGUCGUCCUCAUGGAAAAGAGGACCAGGACAGCCAAAAUCCAAGAAUACCUAUAUCGCCAUGUGGCAUCAAGCAGCAUACCUAAGCAGCUUCACUGUCUUGACCUGAGGCUGGCCAGUGAGCACACCAACAACGCACAAGCUCGCCAUCAGCUUCCUCCUGCAGAACUAGUCCCUGCCUUGGUUGACAACUCCUACUUCCACUUUGUUCUUGCAUCAGACAAUGUUCUGGCAGCUUCUGUGGUUGCCACCUCACUAGUCCGAAACUCUAGGCGACCCCGCAAGGUGGUACUGCACAUCAUUACAGAUAGAAAGACUUACUAUCCCAUGCAGGCUUGGUUCUCAUUGCACCCUCUGUCACCUGCUAUAAUCGAGGUCAAGGCAUUACACCAUUUUGAAUGGUUUACAAAGGGAAAGGUGCCUGUUCUUGAAGCAAUGGAGAAAGAUCAACAAGUGAGGUCACAGUUCAGAGGGGGAUCAUCAGCUAUUGUUGCGAAUGGUAUUGAGAAACCACAAGUUGUUGCAGCAAAACUGCAAGCUCUAAGUCCCAAGUAUAACUCAAUGAUGAACCACAUAAGGAUACAUCUUCCAGAGUUAUUCCCAAGUCUCAACAAGGUAGUCUUCCUAGAUGAUGACAUUGUCGUACAAACUGAUCUUUCACCUCUGUGGGACGUUGAAAUGAAUGGAAAAGUAAAUGGAGCAGUAGAAACAUGUACUGGAGAAGAUAAGUUUGUGAUGUCAAAGAGGUUGAAAAGCUAUUUGAACUUCUCUCAUCCCUUGAUAGCUGAAAAUUUCGACCCUGAUGAAUGUGCUUGGGCUUAUGGCAUGAACAUUUUUGAUCUUGAGGCUUGGAGGAAAACCAAUAUAAGCCUCACAUACUAUCAUUGGGUUGAGCAGAAUAUAAAGACAGACCUGAGUCUUUGGCAGCUAGGGACAUUACCUCCUGGAUUGAUAGCUUUCCAUGGUCACGUCCACAUAAUUGAUCCUUUCUGGCACAUGCUGGGGUUGGGAUAUCAGGAAAACACAAGAUUUUCCGACGCUGAGAGUGCUGGUGUCAUCCAUUUUAAUGGCAGGGCAAAGCCAUGGCUAGACAUAGCUUUUCCACAGCUAAAGCCCUUGUGGGCUAAGUAUGUCAACUUUUCAGAUAAGUUCAUCAAGAGCUGUAAUAUUAGGCCAUCGUAAUUAUGGUCUCAAGAAUAUCAAAUCCUUCUGAUGAGUUGACGAAAUGGGAUUUGUAUAUGAGAUUACGAGGAAAAAAGAAAAUGAGAGAGUUCUUCCAAGCAUAAGGCCUUCAACGACAAGGACACAACCAUGAUAAAUCACGAUGCUCCCUUCUCUGUUUCCUUUUAUUUUUUCAUUUUUUUUAUAUCUUUUAAAUUCGCUGCCGCGGAAGUUCUCAGAUUCUUUUUUCUUGAAAUCAUAUUGUAAGUAUGAGCAUUGUUAGAUCAAAUAUAUAUGUAAAAAA